UCGUCGGCUUGCUCGGGCUGGAUCCGGCGGGGCGGCCGUCCUUGUGUUCCUAAAAGGCCCCCCUCCGCUUGGUGCAAAAGCCGCAGCGAAACCAGGACGCCACGCAGGGCAAGGGAUCCCUGUGGCCUGCCCGACCUCUCGUGGCUUCCUGUGGGGGGGAGGAGGGCCUCUGUGCUGGCGGCCGAGGGGCCGUAUCUCCCGCUUCCCUUCGGAAAUGGAUGCACCAGCCAGGCCUCCCGCCUGCUGGCACACACAGCCUCCCACCCCUGAACUCAGCCCACCUCCCCAGGCCCCAGUUUGUCAUGUUUUUAAACUGCCUAGUAUGCACAUCUCUGCAGGAGGGGGGGGACCACACUCUGCACACACUCAGAGGCACCCUUUCUUCUGCGCUCUCACCGGCAGGGUCAAGCCUGACGGGCACCCCCCUCUAUCCAAUGCCCUGGAGUGGCUUGCCCAGACCCAUCUCUGGUGGGCCCCGUGGUGCCUGCUUGGACUGUAGCUCCUCCCGGAAACUUGCCCCUGGACUUUUCAGGGGGUCGCGCCAUUCACGUCUUCAGAGUUGCUCUCAGUGGGCCGGCAAAGAGGGAGGACGGUUCCUGGAGGCUGCGGCUGAGAGCCUCUGCAUGAAUAAGGAACAGGAGGACCGUAGAACACCUCCUCCGCAGGCCGAAGGCUCCAGCUUCAAGCCCUGGCAGGAUCUCCAGGUCGAGCUGGGAAAGGCCGAGAACGGGGGGAGCUGCUGCCAGUCAGGGUCGGCCAUGCUCCAAGGGUCUGUCUCAGCAGGAGGCCGUUUCCUACGCCCCCUAUGGAUCCUUCAACAUUAACAACAACAACAAAUGAAUAAAGAGAGAGCCGGGGCUUCCUCCACCAAGACACGAGGCCCGUAGGCUUCCUUGGUACCAAGCAGGCCCGUAGGUUGCCAUAGCAACCCUUGUUCCAACAGGCCGGGGGCCCGGGGCAGGCCUUGCCUCCCUCUUUGCUCCAGGCAUCGGCCACGUGUGGCCCUCCAGAAGGCGCGAAAUGCACCCGUGAGCCUAGCCGUAGCAGGCGGCCCAGGGCACCUUUGUUACCACCUGCGCCCACUACGCCUUUGCCAACUGACCCAACCAGCGCAUGCUUUUGUGAGCCUGAAGCAGCCCUUUGCGGUAGCACCCACGACGGUCCAUGCAGCUGAAGUCUGUGUUAGAGCAGAACGGCAGCCAUCAGUUGGCGACACUGUUUGGGCUGCUGAAAAGAAUGUUUGCCGAGAAGAGCUGUGUUCGAGUCCUCCUGCAGCUGUUGGACUAUAACUCCCAUCGUCCCCAGCCACAGUGGCCAAUAUGAUGGACCCGACUCCUCGUCCAAGGAACUCCGAAGACUUCCCCAUGGAAGGGCUGCUGCGGCUGCGGCUGCUGCUGGCGGCCCUCCAGGUGGCCGCCUGCCUCUCCUCCUUGGUUCCAGAAAAAGAGAAGAACCCCCAGUACUGGAGACAGCAGGCCCAGGAGACGCUCAAGAGGGCCCUGAGACUGCAGGAGCUGAACACCAACGUGGCCAAAAAUGUCAUCCUCUUCCUCGGGGAUGGCAUGGGGGUCUCCACAGUGACUGCUGCUCGCAUCCUCAAGGGACAACUGCAGAACCAGAACGGAGAGGACACCUUGCUGGAGAUGGACCGCUUCCCCUUCGUCGCCCUGUCCAAGACCUACAACACCAACGCCCAGGUCCCAGACAGUGCUGGCACGGCCACGGCUUACCUGUGUGGGGUGAAGGCCAACGAGGGCACCCUGGGGGUCAGCGCGGCCGUGACGAGGUCGCAGUGCAACACCACCUCAGGCAAUGAAGUGACGUCCAUCCUGAAGUGGGCCAAGGAAGCAGGCAAAUCCGUGGGCAUCGUCACCACCACGCGCGUCAACCACGCCACGCCCAGCGCCGCCUACGCACACUCGGCCGACCGCGACUGGUACUCGGACAGCGAGAUGCCUGCCGAGGCCCUCCAGCAGGGCUGCAAAGACAUCGCCCGGCAGCUGGUCGAAAACAUCCCGGAUAUCGAGGUGAUCAUGGGGGGAGGCCGGAAGUACAUGUUCCCCAAGAACACCAGCGACGUGGAGUAUCCGGACGAGGACAAGAGCCGGGGGACGCGGCUGGACGGCACAAACCUGGUUGCCCUUUGGAAGCAGAAGAAGCCCAAAGACAAGAACGCCCAUUACGUGUGGAACCGGGAGCAGCUGAGGGAGCUGGACCCCCAGAAAGUGGACUAUUUGAUGGGCCUCUUCGAGCCAAUUGAUAUGAUGUACGAACUGAACAGAAACAACGAAACCGACCCUUCCCUGAGGGAGAUGGUGGUUGUGGCCCUCAGAAUCCUCCAGAAAAACCCUCGCGGGUUCUUCCUCUUAGUAGAAGGGGGGAGGAUUGACCACGGCCACCACGAAGGGAAAGCCAAGCAGGCCUUGCACGAAGCCGUGGAGAUGGACUGCGCCAUCGGCGAGGCUGGACGGCUGACGUCUCCCCAGGAAACCCUGAUGGUGGUGACUGCCGACCACUCCCACGUGUUCACCUUUGGGGGCUACACGCCUCGUGGCAACUCCAUUUUUGGCCUGGCCCCAAUGCAGAGCGACAUUGAUAAGAAGCCCUUCACCUCCAUCCUUUAUGGAAAUGGUCCCGGAUACGCACUGAUUAAUGGAGAGAGAGAAAAUGUGUCCACGGUGGAUUUCGCUCACGCCAGCUACCAGGCACAGUCCGCGGUCCCCCUGCGGCUAGAAACGCACGGCGGCGAAGAUGUGGCCAUCUUUGCCCAGGGGCCCAUGGCCCACCUCCUCCAUGGGGUCCACGAGCAGAACUACAUCCCCCACGUCAUGGCCUACGCGGCCUGCAUUGGGGAAAACAAGAACCACUGCCGGUCCAGCGCCUCGCACAGCCUGUCGGGACCUCUCGCCGCCACCUCCUCUAUGCUCUUCUCUGUCCUCCUCCUCCAGCUUCUCUUCUAAAGACUUGGGCCUCGGACAUUUCUGUUCCUCUUUCUCUUGUGCCAGGUGCCGAGGCUGUCAGAAAAUUGAGGCGGCUCCCCUGCCCCCCUCGGAAACUUGCUGCCCCACGCCUGCCUCUUGGGGGGGGGAGCGGUCCACGUUUUGGUCACGAUGAACCGUCCCGGGGUGUCCCUCCGUGCCUCAUAACAGCCCUUCCUUCCACAGCUGGGAACUGCCCUCCCAAGUCACAAGGUUUGGGUGGCCCAGUUAUCAGUCGGAUGUCUCUGGAAGUUCCUCGAUCCCGGGCUGACCUCCGCAGCUGGAAGCGCCUGGAGAGUUUCUCAUCUGGUGAAAAUAAGAAAAACCUUGGCUGCGCGGAAAGUGGGGGGGCGGGGCGGGGCUGGUUCUGCAUUUCUCUCUAUUUUGCUGGCGUAUCUCUUACCUCAAAAACUUUUUCCGCUUGUUGUCUUAAAGGCUCACGGCUCUUCCUGGACGGCUCUGAAAGCCAGCUAGUCCACAAGAUAAAUGUGCCGCGCCCAUUGACUCAACACCCGCCCAUCCCCUUUUCAUUCCCUCAUCCGUUUCCCCCGAUUUAUAGUGCAACUUGUGAACCUGCCGUUCAGCCCGUCAGGUUAAAACCUCCCUCUGGACAAAGGCGCCCAAAGGUGUCUCUGAGUUUUGCCACCCGGAGUGGGUCUUUUCCAAGGACACAGGAUGGGUUGGCUGCGUGUCUUCAGUAGUAGCCCCCUUGAGUUCCUGGCUCCCAGGAGGCCCCCGUGUAUGGCAAAACAAGCCUAGGUCUUGUGGUCGCAAGCAUGCUUUGUCCCCAUUGCUAAGCAGGGUCCAUCCUGGUUUGCAUUUGAAUGGGAGACUACAUGUGUGAGCACUGCAAGAUCUCCUCAGGGGAUGGAGCCGCUCUAGGAAGAGCAUCUAGGUCUCAAGUUCCCUCCCUGGCGGCAUCUCCAAGAGAGGGCUGAGAGAGGCUCCUGCCUGCAACCUUGGAGAAGCCGCCGCCAGUCAGUGUAGACAAUACUGAGCGAGAGGGACCAAGAGUCUGACACUACACGGCAGCCACCUACGUCCCUAUGUCCAGAUGUUCAUCAAGAGCAGAGCCUGCUCCUCUCUGAAAGGACACUUACGGCAUUCUGGCCGCACAUGCCUAGCCUUCUGCAGGGAUGAGCUGGGAGAAAGUUAGUUCUGCUGUCCCUCGUGCUGACUGGCCGGCACUUGUGAGCAGCCAGCUGAACCCCCUCUUACAUUUCACUCUCGUUAAAAACGGAGGUAACUAUUGGUUGCUUAAACAUACAAACAGCACUUAGAAGGAUUAACACAAAGAGACCAACAACUUGCCUGGAGCCUGUGAGGGCAGAGCCGGGCUGCGACUGCUCGGCCAGUGCCUUGCGGAGGGGGAGGGCAGGCGACCCCCCCCACCGGAACCCCCUGCCGUGAGUGCUGCUCGUGCCUGGGCACAAUCUGCCUGGGCGCUUUCCAGAGUAAACCCUGCAGUGGGGUCACGGCAGAUCUCGGAAGUGUGCUUCCACACCUCCUGCGUCGUGACACCGCAGUCUCUGCAUGGACAGCAGGGGGCCGUUCACAUUGCCGAUGCCUUGUCUCGAAUCUAAUCGCUGCCAUACAGAGCUAGGACGUCGUAGAUCCGGCGUAAGGACGCGACUGUUUUCCCGGGUUGUUAGUUUCCAGGAGACGGCUCCCCCUGCUGGGCACUUUGCUAUUUACAUUUUGAAUGCGAUUUGCCUGAAUGGAAGCAUUUUGCCGCUGUUGAGUGGCUAGGCUGGAAAGCACCUGGUGGUGUCUGGAAGUGUUUGCUGCGUGACCAGCACGAAACAGUCACCUUGCUUUGCCUCUGCUUGCUGGAGUGACCCACUUUGUCCGCUGAUUCUGCCCCAGUGGAUGUAGACUGUUUCUUGAACGGCAGAACGGGGAGAGACUGGGAAGAGAGCAGAGCCGCCUGACGUGAAAUUUCCUUUGAAAUUACCCCACAUCAGUCCAAUUAUAAACCGCUACGAGCUGAUACCAGAGAAAACGAGGCCUGCCAGCUAUGCUGAAGAAGAAGAAGAACAGGCAAGCCCCAGACAGUUCACAUGAGUGCAGCAGCCGGACUGCCAUGAGGGCAAACCCGCCACCAGAGAGCCAAGAGAGGCCCCAAACCCAGCCCAGCUGACCUCCCAUGGUCAGCUGCGACCUCCCCCCAUGCUCUCCUCUCCAAAAGGAGUUUUGCUCCUUUUCCCAUCAUGGGAGGACUUGGAGAUCCUCCAGUGAGAUUGGCUGGCAGGAGAUCGGGGAGCGAGAGAAAUAAAGCCCUUCUUCAUACAAUGCGUCAUUAAUUGAGGGACGUUGCUGCCACGUGACGAGGCGAAGGCCAUUUCUUCUGGCUCAGAUGGGAGCGAGGCAGAUUCGUGGAGGCGGAGAAGGAGGCCCCUCUCCAUGCCUAUUAGACACAAGAGCGAAACUGGGUGGAUUUCUCUGUUUGGGAGCAGUUUGCUUGGGAGGAGAGCUGGUCUUGUGGUGGCCAGCAUGAAUGGCCCCCCUUGCUAAGCAGGGUAUGCCCUGGUUUGCACUGGGUGACUCCAUGCGGGCGCUGCAAAAUAUCUCCCCUGGGGAUGGGGGCGUAGCUCCAAGGCAGAAGAGCCUCUGCUUGGCAGACAGAAAGGCCCAGCUCCACUCCCUGGCAGCAUCGCCAAGGAGAGCCGCUGCCAGUCUGUGCAGGGGGUCUGGGGGGCUGCCCUUCCCUCAGGCUCUGCUCGUGGGCAUCUUCGGAGCAUCUGGUCAGGGGGGCUGCUGCUCUUGGGAACAGGGGGCUGCCCUCCAGGGGCCUUGGGGGUCCACCUAGCCCUCCUGAUGCCCUUACAGCGGCCAUGGCUUCUCCGUCACCAGCGCAGCUGCCCAAAGGAUGGCAGCUGGUGAUGGUGGCACGAGCUGCGCCCUGGCAGGCGGGCAGCAGAGAGGCCGACGCCACCGAUACCUUCCGCACCAUUCUUGCUUCUGCAGCGCCGAGGCUGGGAAGCAGCGAGCUGGCCUGGGCCGUCCUGUGGGCAGGAGGGGCCGUGGGCCUCUCUCUCCCACCUGCCGACAGGCCCGCCCUGGGCCCCCCUUGGACCAAGAGUCUCUUCCCAAGCAGAGGGCUUGCCUGUUGACGGGGCUGCCGAGAUGCUGCUGCUGGCAUCCAGGGAUGUUGGAGAGAGAGAGAGAUUUGAGAAAGAAGCUCACCUCAGCGUCCUUCCAUUGGUUGAUUUCUUGUUGUCUGUUCACUCGACUUUUUUAAGGAACAGUUUUAAAAAUAAAAUUAUUUUGGAACA